CGUAAUCAGAGUGGACCAGGCGGUAGGAUUUACGGUGCAACCAGCACGGCUGCAGUAUUUACGGUAACGAGGGUCGGCCCUGGCGGCGGUAUUUACGGUAACGGGGGGCCGGCCCCGGUGGCGGCUUUUACGGUAACGGGGGACGGCCCGGAAGGCGGUAUUUACGGUAACGGGGGCCAGGCUCGUGGAGGCCCGUCGGCGCGGCCGGCUCGCCGCGUUAUCAGGUGAUCUCCAGCCCGAGCGGCUGCCACCCCCUGCACCCGGCGGAAAAUGCAAAAUGGCCCUCCGGGACAGUGAGGGGCCGUGGCCCUCUGCCCGGGCCCGCCGCACCCCCAGCCCGCAGCCUGCGGGCGGUAGCGUCGCGCCGGGUGCGGGUGCAGCCCCCUCCCGCCCCUCCGCGGGGGCCCCGGCCUGAGCCCCGAGCGCCCCGCGCCCUCGCGUCCACAUGGGUCUGUGCUACAGUCUGCGGCCGCUGCUCUUCGGGGACCCGGAGGACGUCCCCCACGCCGCCUCGGAAGCGCCUGCGGAGGACGCGCGGCCCGGCCCGGUGCCGGCCCCGACCCCGGCCUCGGCCCCGACCCGGCUAGGGGGAGGCGCGGCCCAGACCCCGCUCCCUCGGGGCGCCGGCGAGAGCCCGGCGUGCACGCGGCCCAAAGCCGCCCCGAAGAAGGAGCGGCGACGGCGGCCGGAGCAGCUACGCGCGGAGGAGCGCGAGGCGGAGCGGGAGGCGAGGAAGGUCAGCAGGAACAUCGACCGCAUGCUCCGCGAGCAGAAGCGCGACCUGCAGCAGACCCACCGGCUCCUGCUGCUGGGCGCUGGUGAGUCGGGGAAAAGCACUAUCGUCAAACAAAUGAGGAUCCUGCAUGUCAAUGGAUUUAAUCCUGAGGAAAAGAAACAGAAAAUCCUGGACAUCCGGAAAAAUGUUAAAGACGCUAUUGUGACAAUUGUUUCUGCUAUGAGUACUAUCAUACCUCCAGUUCCACUGGCCAACCCAGAAAACCAGUUUCGAUCAGACUAUAUCAAGAGUAUAGCUCCUAUCACUGACUUUGAAUAUUCCCAGGAAUUCUUUGAUCACGUGAAGAAGCUUUGGGAUGAUGAAGGCGUGAAGGCGUGCUUUGAGAGGUCCAACGAAUACCAGCUGAUAGACUGCGCACAAUACUUCCUGGAAAGAAUCGACAGUGUCAGUCUGGUGGACUACACACCCACAGACCAGGACCUUCUCAGAUGCCGAGUUCUGACAUCAGGGAUUUUUGAGACCCGAUUCCAAGUGGACAAAGUAAACUUUCACAUGUUUGAUGUCGGCGGCCAGAGGGACGAGAGAAGAAAAUGGAUCCAGUGCUUUAAUGAUGUCACAGCUAUCAUUUAUGUUGCGGCCUGCAGCAGCUACAACAUGGUGAUUCGGGAAGAUAACAACACCAACAGGCUCAGAGAGUCCCUGGACCUUUUCGAAAGCAUCUGGAACAACAGGUGGUUACGGACCAUUUCUAUCAUCUUGUUCUUGAACAAACAGGAUAUGCUGGCAGAAAAAGUCUUGGCGGGGAAAUCAAAAAUUGAAGAUUAUUUCCCAGAGUAUGCAAAUUAUACUGUUCCUGAAGAUGCAACACCAGAUGCAGGAGAAGAUCCCAAAGUUACACGAGCCAAGUUCUUUAUCCGAGACCUGUUUUUGAGGAUCAGCACAGCGACAGGGGACGGCAAACAUUACUGCUACCCACACUUUACCUGUGCCGUGGACACCGAGAACAUUCGCAGAGUGUUCAAUGACUGCCGUGACAUCAUCCAGAGGAUGCACCUCAAACAGUACGAACUCUUGUGAGGCAGCCCUGGGGCAGGUGGGCGCGCCUUCUGGCACCUUCUCUCCACCUGCCUCUCCUCCCUUGGCCACCCCACCAGGUGGAACAUUUAUUCCAGGAUUGUCUGUCAGCCCUAAGCCAUGGUAGAAAGUAGGGAGUUCCCGGUUUCAUCCAGCUGCUGCCCUGUCCUGUUCUGACCUGUGUGACCACCAAGCCUCUGGCUACCUCUGUUCCCCUCAGGUUUGGUUUGUAGCUUUCGUUUUCACUGAACACAACCUUCCACAGCCUCCCCAACCCCACCAAUUUGUGUCGCUGCAAACCAGCACUCUCACUUGGGUGGUGCUGCAGUGAAACCCCUCUGGGUGAGGGCCCCUUUCAGUCAUCCAUUCAGUGAUUUCUUGAUUCUGCAGGAACUUGAUAAAGGGGGGAGAAAUGACACUUUUUUCUGACUUAUCAGGCAUGAUUGUAGUGGCAGGGGUAUGAGGCGGUGAGCCGCAUGCGUGGGCAAGUGGCCACCUCUCCCGAGCUGCACUGGCCCAGGAGCGAGGCUAGACCCCAAGUCACAGGGUGGAGAGAAACCCGUUUCAAUCAUAUCUGAGUCGCUGCCAACCUCAGGCAUUAAGUUAGACCUACUCUGAGCAGACAACCUACUACAUUCACCACUGCAAAGUGUGUCCUGUCUACACAUGAUUCUCUAGAGUGUGAUAUGCUUGGACAAGAGUCUCCCUUCAUAUAUUCUUGUUGUUGUUUUACUGCUGCUUUAUUAUAACUGUACAGACCACAAAAUGUAAUAUUAUUUUCUAUAAUUACUCAAAAAUCCUUGUAGAUCUUUGUGCCUCGAUCAGGCUGUAUCUGUAAAAGAAACGUGUUUUUAUCGUGCUGAACCGCUAAAUGUCAACAUUACCUGCUGCUUGCUCUAAAAAAGAGAAUGGUGUGUGUAGAAUUUAGGAUAUUCUUCAGGUUAGUGCUUUUAAAAAUAUCUUUGAUUAAAUAUAUAUAUGCAUAUAUAUAUAAAUUAUCCACAUUAAUCAUUCACCUCUUACAAAUAAUUUUGUACCAACAUCACAAGCUUUUCAAGAACCAAGGAUUUUUUUUCCUCCAGACAAUAUGUCUUUUGAUUAUUUUCCUAUUUAAAGACUUUUUACAAGUUCCCUGAGUGGAAAUAGGUCAACCAUUCCCUUUAGUCAAAGUUUUCGAACCACUUACUUGGGCCACAGCUUCCAGUGUAAACAAAGAGCAAGAAGAUGACAGGUGUCUGUGUUCGUGUCCAGCCCAAGAGAGUCAAAGGAUGGCAUCUCCAUUUGCCUGCUCUCAAGAAGAAAUAUUACACAACCUUUAUUUGGAAGACAAAGUCAAAAUAUAUGGCUGUUUCUCACACUCGAAAGGUUUGUAAAUGCAGCGUCAGAAGUUAUCGUACAGCGCAGUAUCUAGAAAGCAAGAAUCGCGAUAGCGGUGAUGCUUCAUAUUCUACCCACAGCCACAACUUUGAGGGUCAUUGCCUUAGGUGCGAGAUAAUCUGCAAAGAUGGCCAAAGGUGGAUUUCAACAAUACAAACCCAGAGGUGACAGCCUCGCUGACAUGACUUCAUUUCCUUUUAGUCUUUAGUAUUGUCAAGUUUACUCUAUAAGUAGGCAUUUUGUAAUCCUUUAUAAAUGCAUCCAGACUGAAA